AGUACAUUGGUAUUUUUAGCAAGCUGUAAGAGGCUUCUUUUCAACUACGCGGAUAUUUAUUAAGUUCUAUUAUGCAAUCUUCUAUUGAACUUUGUUAUUUCCAUACAUUUCACAAUUUUGUGCUUUCUUCUUUUACUUUUGUAUGCAUUUAAUAGAUGUCCCUUCAUCUAUGCCAGCAUUCGAAAUAGGAUAACUAGCAGCAGCAAUGAGGAUCCUACCAUUGCAGCCAAGAUUCUAAUUAUAUUAUUUUAAACAACAGCAAUGAGGAUUCUCCCACAACCAAUGGAGAGGCCAAGUUAAAACAAUUCUUGAGUUUUCUCACGCAUGAAUGAGAGAAUCCUCUAUGAAGAUUAAGAGAAAGAUUAAGAUGUUUGGAUAUAUUCUCAAAGGCAGCAGCUGUAGCACCUUGCCUUCCCUUUUUUCAUGAAUUUGAUUCCAUUGUGUUGAAGAGGGGGCAUGAUAAUACGGGUGUCAUUGACCAUGUCAUCAAUCAUUUUUACUAAAUCAGAUGGUGUUGAAGUUUUAAGCGGUGUGUUUGUGUUAGCGGGGACAAGCCUCUUCAACAGCAUCAGCAGAUGUCGAUCCUUUCAGUUUUGGGUGUGCCAAAAUCUUGUGAACUCAUCAUCAUUGACUGCCCGAAGCUCCAUAGAGAUGGAAAGGCACUGCUUGUUGAUUUUGAAGUCUCCAAAGGCAUAUAUUCACGAGCUCACAUCGAACAUACUGAUUCGGUAUGUUUAUGGCUUUGAGCAAAUGUUAUGCUGCAGUAGUCAUGCAAAGAGGUCACAAUUCUUCUACAAAAGGACCUAGAAAAUGCUAAAGCAAAGUUUAGAAGUUCUUGUUGCUAAUCUACAAUUCUUAAGGGACCAAGUAACAACCACGCAGGUAAGUCGGAAUUUUUCGGGAACUUGGAGGUCCCUGUUUGUUUCAAGCUCUUUGCUAUGUCAGUUUGGGGUAGGUCCAUCGUUGUUGAACUACUGUUGCUGUGGUUUUUGUUACUGGCGUGAGGCUAUAUAUUGGGAAGACGUGUUAAUUUGUGAUAGCCUGGAGGGUAGUAAUAUCGCACUUAUGUGAACUUGAAAAAAUUCGAAGGUUGUUGUAGGACAGUAUUCUUUAGUUUUGCAACUUGAAUUAAGGUAGCACAAUGUGUACUUUUGGAGACUUUGUUCUCCUCAUUUCGAUUGGGUGAAUGAAUUAUGUGUUGCCCUGUGAUUGUAAGGGUUAGAUGACAAGUGAUUUUGGUUAGGUUUAGUGAGAUUUACUGCAUUACAACAAGCUUGCCGUGUAAAACGAUUUUUAUUGAGAACCUCUUGGGUUUGAGUUUUCACUUUUUAUGUUGUGCGUUAGUUUUGAGUUGAUAUAUGGUCUAUCUGUUUUGUCUCAUUUCACCUUGGUCAUGCGUGUUAGAAAGAACUAAUCUAAAUUUGAAUUUGGGGAAAAACAUGGGGAGAUUUAUUUUUUGCUGGAUAAGGCAUUUACAUUCUUGAAUUCUUAUUUGUUGUGCUGAUGAUAUGUAUUUUUCUUUUUCCUUUGCUAAUUUUAGUUGGGUUUUGGAAUUUAAUGAUUCUGACUCCUAGAUGAAUUAAAUUAGGCAAAUGCAAAACCUAGGUUGCUCCCUUUUGUAUAAUCUUUGUUUCCUAUAGUUCUAGAGUUAUAACUGGAAUUAUCUAAUGCUGCACAACCAAAGAUCACUAUCAACUUUACUCCACAUCUGACGUGAAUUGUUAUAGUUGCAAUUUUCAAGUAUUCCCAUUCUUAAAGUUGAAGUUCUGGUUCUCUAGCAAUAAUUAUUAGCUUUCUUCAUCUAUUUAUGAAGAUUCCUGGAAUGUAGUCGACUAUUCAUGCUGAAAUGUCUUCAGGUGUAAAGGUGGGGAUCUAUAUGAGCAACUUAAAGUUGUUUGCUAGGCCAACUUUUGCAGGCUAAUUGUCCCAUUUCGCUUAGGCAUUCAAUGGCUUAAUGUACAGAGUAUUAACCAUAUCUUUUGUUUGCUGAAGUACUUAUUCUCUGUAUUCAUAAUUAGGUUAAUCAAAUACAUAAUUUAUUUUAUAGACCUUGGUAAGUCAGUCAAGUAGUAGACAUUUGGGGGACUGAAACUUAGAAGGUCCGUGACUUCCUCUAUAUUCUUGAGUGUGCUUCCCACAUACUUAAUAAUAUUUGAUCUCUUAAUUCACUUUAUCUUGCUGGAUGAAGAAUUUGUUAUUUUGUUAGAAAAAGGAGUUGUUCCUCAUACUCA